GUGACAAAUUAAAUCGCCGCAAUGCCACCACCGGGGAAUACGCCCAGGCCUGUGUUCAGGUUGCUAGGGACUGUGGAACGGAUGUACUUGACCUCUGGACACUGAUGCAAAAAAAUCAGGAUUUCUCUUCCUAUUUGUCUGAUGGUCUUCAUUUAUCAGCAAAAGGCAACAGCUUUCUAGCAGGACAACUGUGGUCACGCCUGGAAAAAAAACUGUCUGCUCUUCCUUCACUGCUUCCUUACUGGCGUGAUGUGGACCACACGAACCCCGAGGCCAGUCUUCUGUGA